GAAUCAUUUUUUAAGGAUUACAUUCAAAACCACAUUAAAAUAUAUUGUUUAGACCAGAUAAGGAAAAAAAUAAGAACUUUUUUAAAAACAAGUAUAGGUGACCUUAAGAAUGCCAUCCUCUCAGCUAUUCAUGAAUCCACAGUAAUAGCCAAAGAUAAAAGCAGCACUGUGUCUGGGUGGUUGGAUUUGUUCUGUGAUCACCUGGGGAGUAACUUAAACUUUCCACGAAAAGACUUGGUGAGCAUUGAACACCAGGAGAUAAAAGAUAUUGAGUUUCUCAAAGAAGCCAUGAGUGAAGCUUUGGAUCCCGCAAUGAUCACAGUAGAACAGGAGUGUUUGAGUAAGCCUGUGGAAGACAUGAUUCCUGAAAUCCAGAACAUGCUCUCUGAACAUCUCUGUGGCUGCUGGAAACAGUGUCCCUUCUGUGGAGCAAUCUGUACAAACACAAUCCCUAACCAUGACGGAGACCACAGUGUUCCUUUCCACCGUUCUGAAGCUGUCAAUGGAUGGCACUAUAUCAAAACAGAAGAGUUGUCCCUUGAUUUCUGUACUAGUUCGGUAGCAAGUGAUGGAAGAUUUAUAUUGAAUAAUGAUGAAACCAUUUCAUUCCCCUAUAAGACCUAUCGACAGGCAGGAGGGGAAUAU